AUGGAGAAUCGUGACCGUGAUGGGGGCAGCGACCAGAAUCCCAACCGUUGGCGAAUUAAACCAAGAAUUUGGACAAAAAUUCUCAAAAAAUCAAAAUUAUCUCUCUCUCUCUCUCUCUCUCUUUUCUUUUCUAUUCAUGUGUCCAUGGCCACUGCCUCCACCUCAAUAACCGUGCCUCUCCUUCACCAUCUCAACCCGACGCGCUUCUCCAGUAGCACAUGCCACGCGCGCAAGCUCAAGCUCAAGCUCAAGCUCAAGCUCAGUCUCUCUCAAAAUUCCCCUCUCCACCAAUCAUGUACUUUCCCGCCAAUUUCUCUCCCCACAACAACAAAAUCCAGACGACUGAACGUCUCGAGUCCAGUAUCUCGCGCUUACAUCGCCGGGCCUCCGAUCGUGAGCGAGCCUGACCCGAAAGUCGACGAGCCGGAUCCGGAUAUCGAGAAAGCUGAGCCGCCGAACUUGAUCAGUCGGAGGCUACUAUGGGGUCUUCUGGUUCGGCACAAGCUCAGAAUCAGCGUCUCGGUGUUGGCUCUCAUUGGCUGCACCACGUGUACUCUCUCAAUGCCCAUAUUUUCUGGACGAUUCUUCGAAGUGCUUAUAGGCGCCAGACCCGAGCCGUUAUGGAAGCUGCUUAGCAAAGUUGGGCUUUUAUACUCAUUGGAGCCCAUUUUCACAGUUAUUUUUGUCGUAAAUAUGAAUACCAUAUGGGAGAAGGUUAUGUCAACACUUCGAGCUCAGAUUUUUAGAAGAGUUUUGAUUCAAAAGGCGGAGUUUUUUGAUCGAUACAAGGUUGGUGAGCUCAGUGGUUUGUUGACAUCUGAUUUGGGUUCUUUAAAAGAUGUUGUCAGCGAGAACAUUUCAAGGGAUCGCGGGUUCAGGGCACUUUCUGAGGUUGUUGGGACAAUAUGCAUACUGUUUGCUCUAUCUCCCCAACUAGCCCCAAUUCUGGGCCUGUUGAUGCUUUUUGUGUCCGUUUCAGUUGCUUUAUACAAGCGAUCAACUGUACCUGUGUUUAGAGCUCAUGGAUUGGCCCAAGCUUCAAUGUCUGACUGUGUGACAGAAACAUUUUCUGCAAUUCGAACUGUAAGAUCCUUUUGUGGGGAAAAGCGUCAAAUGUCAAUGUUUGGUAGCCAGGUUCUUGCAUAUCAGAAAAGUGGUAUAAAGAUUGGGACUUUCAAAUCCAUAAAUGAAUCUUUGACCAGGGUUGCUGUCUAUAUUUCUUUACUUGCCUUGUACUGCCUUGGAGGAAGCAAAGUGAAGGCGGGGGAAUUGUCUGUUGGAACUGUGGCUUCUUUCAUUGGAUACACUUUUACAUUAACCUUUGCUGUUCAAGGACUGGUUAACACAUUUGGAGACCUACGGGGAACUUUUGCUGCUGUUGAGAGGAUUAAUUCAUUUAUAUCUGGAGCAGAAAUCGAUGAAGCCCUUGCUUAUGGUUUAGAAAAAGAAAUCCAGAAAAAAGAAGUUGAUGAUGAAAAUAUCAAAUUGUUCAUCUCCAAUGGUGCUUUUGAGAAAAAUCAACAAUUAAAUUCACAUUACAUGUCAGCACUGAAAUCAGCUAGCAAUGUGGGAAGACUAGCUUGGUCAGGCGAUGUUUGUCUUGAAGAUGUACAUUUUUCUUAUCCUUUAAGGCCUGAUGUGGAAAUUCUUAAUGGUCUUAAUUUGACUCUAAAAUGCGGAACUGUAACUGCUCUGGUGGGCCCAAGUGGUGCAGGCAAAAGCACAAUAGUACAGCUAUUGGCACGCUUCUAUGAGCCAACGAGUGGUCGUAUAACAGUUGCUGGAGAGGAUGUCCGAACUUUUGACAAGAGUGAAUGGGCCCGUGUUGUCUCCAUUGUGAAUCAAGAACCUGUUCUAUUUUCGGUAUCUGUUGGAGAAAAUAUCGCAUAUGGGCUUCCAGACGAUAAUGUAUCCAAGGAUGACAUUAUUAAGGCUGCAAAAGCUGCAAAUGCUCAUGAAUUUAUAAUUUCUCUUCCGCAGGGCUAUGACACACUGGUUGGUGAGCGUGGAGGCUUGCUGAGUGGAGGACAGAGGCAGAGAAUUGCUAUUGCAAGAGCUCUCCUCAAGAAUGCUCCUAUCCUGAUUCUUGAUGAGGCAACAAGUGCUUUGGAUGCAGUUAGUGAGCGCCUGGUCCAGGAUGCUUUGAACCAUCUAAUGAAAGGAAGAACAACAUUAGUGAUUGCUCAUAGAUUAAGCACAGUUCAGAAUGCCCACCAAAUUGCCCUUUGUUCUGAUGGCAAGAUAGCAGAGCUGGGGACGCAUUUUGAAUUGUUAUCUAGGAAAGGGCAAUAUGCUUCAUUAGUUGGCACCCAAAGGCUGGCAUUUGAAUAAUAUUGAAUUCGAUACAUAUCAUGUCUAAAACAAAGAAGACAAAGGAAAAGAGGAAAAGAUGUUAUUUAAACUAGUGUAACCACCAAUAAUGCGAGUAGUAGCAUUGACUUUCAUGCCAAUUCUUUC